GUUGACUCCUCACUGCACUGUGAAAACCAUUAGGAAAAAGUCCUUGGGGUUAAAACCUGGGGCUCCACAGUUACCUGCACUUGGGGCUAGAAAUUAAUUUAAAUGUCGACUGAUCUGUCUGAAGCUGAACCCGUGCAUCAUAAGGCGCUUCCACUCUUAACGGGAGCUCAGCUGAUCCACACGGACAAGUUAAGUGAGAAAGUGGAAGACGACACAAUGCCAAUCCGUCGCUCGGUGAACGCUUCUUCCCGGGAAACUCCUCCCAAAAGCAAACCUGCCGAAGGGGAGGAGGUCAAAGCAGAUGCAGAAGUCACCUCUGAGGAAUCUGCCUCUGUUGGAGAGGAACAAGAGCCUGAAACCCUGCCUGCUGCAUCCAAUGAAGCAGAACAGCCAAAGGAACCUGAGAAUGAAGGGAAGGAGGAAACUAAGUCCUCAGAAGAAACCAAAAAGGAUGAGAAGGAGCAGUCUAAGGAGAAGGAGAAGAAGGUGAAGAAGACCAUCCCUGCGUGGGCCACGCUCUCUGCCAGCCAGCUGGCUCGGGCACAGAAGCAGACUCAGAUGGCAGCCACCUCCCGGCCCAAAAUGGAUGCGAUUUUAACCGAGGCCAUCAGGGCCUGCUUUCAGAAGAGCGGUGCCUCGGUGGUUGCAAUACGGAAAUACAUCAUCCACAAAUACCCUUCCCUGGAGCUGGAGAGGAGGGGAUACCUCCUGAAGCAAGCACUGAAAAGGGAGCUGGAGAGGGGAAUCAUUAGGCAGGUUAAAGGAAAGGGAGCUUCUGGGAGCUUUGUGGUGGUGUCUAACGCAGGAAAAACUGUUCCAAAAGCCAGAGACAGAAAGAAAAGCAGUUCGGCUCUGAGCACAGAGCAGCAGGUGAAGCUGGAGGAUGUCCUGCCGCUGGCCUUCACCCGCCUGUGUGAGCCCAAGGAAGCUUCUUACAGCCUGAUCAAGAAAUACGUGUCUCAGUAUUACCCCAAACUCAAAGUAGAUGUAAGACCCCAGCUGCUGAAGAAUGCCCUGCAGAGAGCUGUAGAGAAGGGCCAGUUAGAGCAGAUCACAGGGAAGGGAGCGUCUGGGACAUUCCAGCUGAAGAAAUCAGGGGAGAAGCCCCUGCUGGGUGGGACUCUGAUGGAAGAUGCCAUCCUGUCUGCUAUUGCGGCCAUGAACGAACCGAAGACCUGCUCCACCACAGCGCUGAAGAAGUAUAUCCUGGAAAAUUACCCAGGGACCAACUCCAACUUCCAGGUGCAUCUACUGAAGAGAACCCUGCAGAAAUGUGAGAAGAAUGGCUGGAUGGAGCAAAUUUCUGGGAAGGGCUUCAGUGGAACCUUUCAGCUUUGUUUCCCUUAUUAUCCUAGCCCAGAUGUGCUCUAUCCAGAGAAGCAGCAGGAUGAGGAUUCUGAGGAAUCUGAUGAGGAAGAAGAGGAGGAAUCUGAGGAGGAGGAAGACUCUGAAGAGGAAGAGUCUGAGGAGGAAGAGCCACCACCAAAGAAGAGGAUGCAGAAGAGACCACCCCCCAAAUCCCGGAGCAGGGCCCCUCCGAUGAAGCGAAGAGAGUCCAAACCCAAGCCAAGGAAAACCCCCGCUGCCCGCCGGGACAAAGCAAAGCCCCCUCCCAAGGUCAAAACCCCCGCUAAGAAAGCCAAACCGGCAGCCCCAGCCAUCAAGAAAGCCUCCAGUGGCAGCUCUUCCAAGAAACCAGCAGCCAGUGGGAGGAAGGAAGUGAAACCCUCUGCCAAGGGCAAAUCCACCAUGAGGAAAUCUCUCCGGGCAAAAAAGUAAAAUGUUUCCAGUGUCAGGGAAUCCCAUGGUCAAAUCCACAAUCUUGUUUUAUAAGUCAACGUGCAUUUGUAUUUUAGUUCUGAUGCUUAAACACUUCUUUAAUUUUUUAAUUUUUUUUUUCUUGAAUGAUGGGGAAAAGCUGAAAACUAAAUCAAACCAACCCAAGCAUUCGUUAGAUCUCGAUGCUGUGCCUCGUGCCUGCCCCUCCCCUGGAACGAGUCAUCUUUACUUUCUGCAAUAAUUUUAGGACUUUUCUAGGACGUCUCUAAUCUGUACAUUUAUGGUGUUCCAUGUGGGUUUCGGGGGGGAGGGUUGGCUUUUAAAACAAUUCUUCAAAGAAGACCUUUAUAUCUUUAGACAGCAGGAACAGGAUGAUUGGGGGAAUGUGAUUCUUUAAUGAGAAGGUGCGGUGGCAGAGGAGUCCUCCCUAGAUCCCUGCAUGCCGAGGUCCUUGGCGCUUCCACGAGGGAGCCGUGUACAUACAGCACUUGCACUGAGCCCCCCAGGUGCUGCUUUCCUCAGCCACAGGCCCAAGGGUGGCUGCUGAGGCAGAUCCUCAGUGCCUCCUGGGGCUCUGGUGCCAGAGGGGCUCCAAAAGGGGCAGCUCUCGGUUAGGCGGGUGAUUUGAAUUAGUGUUUCCACACCACAUUUGUUACCUUAAAACCAAAAUAUAUUAAAGUCUUCUUGAAUCCAACUUUCAAAUGUUUUUAAGAGAUGAAAAGCCUGGGUUUGUCACCUCUUGUUUACCCUUUUUUAAAGAGAAGUUGGAGAGCUAUACAAUUGCUAAUGUAGAGAUGUUAAUAAGUGAAGAACAUGCGGUUUGCUAAAAUAAAAUGAAACUAGAUUCCA